AUGUUCUACCCUUUUCUCCUCCUCUGUGCCAGUCGCUCCUUCGCUCUGCCGGCCAGCACCACCGAUGUGUCGCGUUCGAUAGACGACACAAACCAAUACAUGAUCCUGGACGAGCUUGGCAUACCAUUGCGAUCACCAUUCAUGCCAGGUCUCGUUCCUAGCAGCGAUGAACGGAUUCGGAAAAGAGAUAUCUGGAACAACACAAGGGUCAAAACCGAAGCGCCUUCCAACCCAAGCGCUUCAGACAACGCCUCGCAAGUCCGGAAACCAGCGGCCAAAGACCAGCUCACAGCUCUCGCCGAAAUCAUUCUGUUCCCAAGGACUUGCGAAAUUGAUCAGCAGUACGAAGUUCUCGCGAUGGCUGAAAUGUUCGUGAACAUCGGUGUCGUCAAAGCUGAUCUGGAAGGGGGCAUACGCCGAAGCUCGUCCUUAUGGGGCGAAGAUGUUCCAGGCAAAGAAUAUAUAACCACAUGGAUGCCAGACCAGAGGCGGCAGACUGCGGGCGGUGCAUGCGCGUACGGGUAG